UCUUCGGUAGGUGGCAGUGUAACUAUUCGCUGUCAUGCGACGGUUAGUGUGAAACGUGAUAACCAAAAUUUCUAGAAGCAUUCACUUCUGAUUUCCGAUACUUCAAAUUUCGAAAAUUACUCGAAUUACUUGGCAAAUUUCACAAUAUUAGCAAUAUCGUAAGAAUGUCUGGUCGCGAAGGUGGUAAGAAGAAGCCUUUGAAGGCUCCGAAGAAGGAAUCAAAAGUUUUGGAUGACGAGGACGUGGCGUUCAAGCAGAAACAAAAGGAACAACAGAAAGCGCUCGCAGAAGCUGCAAAGAAAGCUAGUCAGAGGGGACCUCUUGUCACAGGCGGUAUAAAGAAAUCUGGCAAAAAGUGAUGCAGUUAAGACUGAGAAAAGAUGCAAUCAUCGUGCAUACCAUGUUCUUAUCAAGGCAUGAUUUUGAUAUUAUCAAUUAGUAUACCAUCUGGAACACAUUUCAGAUCUCUGAUUCCAAGAAAUGGUUAAACAUUUGUAAAUAAAACUUUUAUGGAUUAAAUCACAGCAACAUAUGGACUUAA